UGUCGUCUCUCCCGUCGCCGUCGAGUAUCUGGUCCUUCGCCUCGCCCUCCGGACCAUCGCCUCUGUCCUUUCUUUCUUCCCUCUCCCUCUCCUUCCGAGAAAAGAGGACCGAUGAGGAAUUGAAUUUGGCUACCCAGAAAAAUUAGGGUUUCUGAGUUCUGUCUCUCAAUCCGGUUCGCUGUAGGAGGAACGGAACAAAAGAAUUUGGAAGAUUAGGGUUUCAGUGCGCUCGAUUGCGUGCCCUCAGAGACGGGUUUUUUCCCCUUUUCUUUUGUGCCCGGAGGAGGGGGGUUACGGUUGUUCUCGUCUCCAGGGAUGGAAAACUGAUCUCCAUGUUCAUCGGGGAGACGGAAUUGUUGGGAGAAAGGGAAGGUGGAUUUCGGUUCCCAACAAAGAUCUCGGAAGGAAUAGAGCGGGGGUUCCUUUGUAGGUUAAGCUGGGGACGUGGGAUUAUAACAGGGGCCCCGCCUUGGGCGGGAGGGGACGGAGGGACGGUGGCAGGGGUGGUGGAGGUGGCGAUGGUGACCGUCGCACGGUUUGGGGUCCGGCAGGCGACAUGUGGGUCGCGACGGGCAGGGAGGGUAAUGAUGGUUUAAGUCUUGAGAGCGAGCAGGACUUGGAUAUCUUGGUGAGGGACUUCGUGGAAAGCGGGUGCGGCGGUGAGGAGUCUUGGUGCAGCAGCGACAGCGAUUCCGGGACGGAUCUCUCAAAAUGUGCUAAGAAGAUUUAUGGAAACACCAGAAAGCUUUUUACGUUGGUGGGCAUGCCCCAAUUUUGGAUGCGUGGAGGGACCAGUCUGUGUGUCUCUUCAGUUCAUUUUUCCCCUUCCUUGAGACACUCGGCUGAUCAGUUGGAAGAUGAUUUAUCAAGAAAAAUACGAAUGCUCGUUCUUUCUAUUGGUGAGACUGAUCUUCGACACAAGAGAGCCAACCCAUGCAAUUGCAGUUGCGUUCGUUGGUCACUUGUUAAACUUUUGAGGCUCUCUGGUUAUAAUGCGAGCAUAUGCACUUCCAAGUGGGAGGCCUCUGGUAAAGUUCCUGGAGGUGAUCAUGAAUAUAUUGAUGUUAUCCUAAGUGGGAACUCCAGGAGUUGUGAACGGAUAAUUAUAGAAAUUGAUUUUCGCAGUCACUUUGAGAUCGCAAGAGCUACUGAAUCCUAUGAUGCAAUGCUGAAUGCUCUUCCUGUGAUUUAUGUCGGCACUUUCUCCAGGUUGAAACAGUUUCUCCAAGCCAUGGUCGAUGCUGGAAAGUUCUCACUGAAGCAGAAUUCGAUGUCUUUUCCACCAUGGAGGUCUCUUACUUAUCUGCAGUCAAAAUGGCAAUCUGUACGUCAGAGGAAAGGCCACCCUGAUGAUCAGAUUGGUUGUGGUUCAUGCUUCGAUAAUGGCCAAUGUGUAGAGGAUCUGAGAAGGCUCAAAGUUAUGCUACAAUCCGAGGCCGAGAUAGAGCGUUUAUUCAAGCCUAUCAUCCGUGAUGGCAUUGGGAGAGAGAGAUUUGAUGGCAGGAGGCGUCCGGUCUAUGUUUCCUGAUCUUCGUAUAUUAGCCAUAAAUUGGCAUAUAAAGUUUUUUGUUUGCUGAUAACAGUGGCGGUGAUCUUCCAGAGUAACGGAUGCUCUCCACCGAAAGUCGAUCAGGUUCCUUUAAGGUGUCAGUGAUUAACUGCAACUUUGAUGUGUGGACUUGAGAGUCGGUGGUGGUGAUAGGUUUUCCCCUUCAAAUGCCUAAAAUCCUCUCUCCUCAGGAGGAAAUUGGAAAGCCGUCUAGUCUCAGGUUGUUCCUGCGAUGGUCCCGGCAGGAAUUUUUUGCGUGACCCUGCUACAAAUGACUCGUCGCCUUGAAUUUUUUAUUUUGUUUUUAUUUUCAUUUUUUAAAUGUAAUGCGUCUCUGUCUAUGGUUGAGUUUUUGUUAUUCUUCAAAAUAUAAUGGAAUAAAGAAGAGAUGUUCUGUGCUCAUUUGAUGAGCAGUAAAAA